AUGCUCGUUUCCACGUCUCGCCGAUUCCUCACCCGCCAGCUCCCGACCCGCGCCUUCUCGACCUCGUCCGCGCGGCUCGACGUCAAGAAGACAGUCUCUAAGAUCUACCCCUCGGCGGAAGAGGCCGUCAAGGACGUCAAGGGCGACUCGAUCGUCCUUUCCGGAGGCUUCGGGUUGUGCGGUACCGCAGACACCCUCAUCGGCGCCCUCGCAAAGCGCCCCGAAGUCAAGAACCUCACUUGCGUCUCGAACAAUGCGGGUGUCGGAAAGAUGGGUCUCGGUGCCCUCCUGCAUUCGGGACAGAUCUCGAAGAUGAUCUCGUCCUACCUCGGUGCCAACAAGCACUUCGAGUCGCUCUACCUCACCGGCAAGGUCUCCCUCGAACUCACUCCCCAAGGUACCCUCGCCGAGCGCUGCCGCGCCGGCGGAGCCGGCAUCCCCGCCUUCUACACUCCGGCAGGCUACGGUACCGCCGUUCAGACUGGCGAGAUCCCGAUCAAGUACACGGAGGGCGGCAAGGAGGUUGAGGUCCCUGGAAAGCCGAGGGAGGUCCGCGAGUUCAACGGCAAGGGGUACUUGAUGGAAGAGGCGAUCAAGGGCGACUAUGCGCUUGUCAAGGUCUGGAAGGCGGACGAGUACGGAAACUGCGUCUUCCGCUACGCCGCUCAGAACUUCUCCGGCGCCAUGGCUCGCUCGGCCAGGAUGACCAUUGUCGAGGCGGAGGAGAUCGUCCCCGUUGGCUCGCUCGACCCGAACAACGUCCACCUUCCCGGCAUCUUCGUCAACCGCGUCGUCCAGUCGACCGCUCCCAAGCAGAUCGAGAUCGAAGUCCUCCGCGAGGAGGCCUCCGCAGGCGGUUCGGCGUCCGAGGCCGCGAUGGGCAAAGACGAGGCGCGUCUCCGCCGCGAGCGGAUCGUCAAGCGUGCGGCGAAGGAGUUGAAGGAGGGAAUGUACGUCAACUUGGGCAUCGGCAUGCCUAUGCUCGCGCCUAGCUUCCUCGAGCCUGGAACGGUUAUCCACAUGCAGUCUGAGAACGGUAUCCUCGGCAUGGGCCCGUACCCCACCAAGUCGGAGGUUGACCCCGACAUCAUCAACGCCGGCAAGGAAACCGUCACUCUCCUCCCCGGCGCCUCGACCUUCGACUCUGCCGAGUCCUUCUCCAUGAUCCGCGGCGGCCACGUCGACGUCUCGAUGCUCGGAGCGAUGCAGGUCUCCGCCUCGGGCGACAUCGCCAACUACAUGAUCCCCGGGAAGAUGGUCAAGGGUAUGGGAGGCGCGAUGGACCUCGUCUCGAACCCUGAGCAGACAAAGGUCGUCGUCGUGAUGGACCACGUUGCCAAGGGCGGCAAGCACAAGAUCCUCGACGAGUGCUCCCUCCCCUUGACCGGCGUCAACUGCGUUUCGACCAUCAUCACCGACUUGUGUGUGUUCCAAGUCGACCGCCAGGCAAAGAAGCUCAUCCUCACCGAGCUCGCGGCGGGCGUCACCGAGGAGGACGUCCGCAAGGCGACCGGCGCAAAGUACGAGGUCUCGCCCGAUCUCGUCACCAUGGACGCAUAG